AUGCCAUUCCCUUCAUUCUUCUUCACAUUCUUCUUGAUCUUAUUCUCGUCGUCUCGCAUUGCUCAUAACAUGAAUCUAGGCCCGUCACCGGCUCCAAGUCCGGCUUAUUAUGAUGACAACGACAAUGCCUUAACCGUCUUCGACGUGACUUCAUUUGGAGCCAUCGGCGAUUGCUGGACGGACGACACACCAGCAUUCAAGAUGGCAUGGGACACGGCUUGCAUGAGCACAAGUGUUGACUCAGCCGUGCUUCUUGCUCCAUACACCUUCUGUUUCUUGGUGAAGCCAACCAGCUUCAAUGGUCCUUGCAGAACUCGCCUUACAUUACAAAUCGAUGGGAUCAUUGUGUCACCGGAUGGACCAAAGUCUUGGCCAUGGAACUACAAGAGGCAAUGGAUAAUGUUUUACAGAGUGAAUGGAUUAUCAAUUCAAGGCUCUGGUUUUAUCAAUGGCCGUGGCCAGAAAUGGUGGUACCUCCCUUGCAAACCUCACAAGGGUCUUAACGGAACAACUCAACCCGGUCCUUGUGACAGUCCUGUGGCGAUUAGGAUAUUUCAAAGCUCAGAAGUGAGAAUCAAGGGGCUUUACUUCAUGAACAGUGCUCAGUUCCAUGUAAGGUUUGACAAUUGCAGUGAUGUGGUUGUAGAUUCCGUGACCAUCAAGGCACCAGCUUCUAGUCCCAACACUGAUGGCAUCCACAUUGAAAACACACAUAACGUUCAGAUUCGUGAUUCCGUGAUUUCAAACGGAGAUGAUUGUAUUUCAAUCGGAGCCGGCUGCUUUAAUGUGGAUAUUAAGAACAUUACGUGCGGUCCAAGCCAUGGGAUUAGCAUAGGUAGCCUUGGAGUACGCAACUCGAGUGCAUUGGUCUCGAACAUAACCGUGACAAACUCAACCAUAUGGAACUCGGACAACGGUGUUCGGAUCAAGACAUGGCAAGGAGGGUCAGGAUCGGUUUCAAGAAUCGUGUUUCGCAACAUUUUGAUGGUGAACGUUCGUAACCCUAUAAUGAUAGACCAAUACUACUGCCAAACCAAGAACUGCGCUAACCAAACAAGCGCGGUCGCUAUCAGCGACGUUAUGUAUGCGAAUAUCAAAGGGACUUACGACUUGAGAAGCCCACCGAUGCAUUUUGGUUGCAGUGACUCUUUCCCCUGUACUAACCUGAGACUAGAGGAUGUUCAUCUGUUUCCUUCCGAUGGCGAGCUUCUCGAAAACCCGUUCUGCUGGAACGCGUAUGGAACUAUGCAGAGUGUUACAGUUCCACCUGUUUCUUGCCUGCUUGAGGCUCUUCCUGACUGCUAA